AUGUACACACAGACACAUGUACAUAGAUACACACAGACACACACACACACAUGUACAUGCACACACACACAGACACAUGUAGACACACACAUACAUAUGUACAGAUACACACAUGUACAUACACACAGAUACCACCCCCCCCAUAAAAAGUUGCAGUACUUCGUUGCUCACUCACAGAUCCGGGAACUGCACUCUAGGGGGAGGCAGAGAGCACAGCACACACUCCUUGCUUUGCUUUCACUGCGCUCAGCUAUUGAGCAGUCUGACGGCUCCCAGUGCCAAUGACAGAUCCGGCCUGAGCUCCGAGCCUGCUCAGCAAGACGGCCCUGGGGGACACACUCGCCCCCACCAUAAUUUCCACUCGUCAUUGGCGAGCAGGCAAGUGGAAAUUUCAAGCCCUGAUAUA